GUUGCAGAUAUGCAUCUGUAAAAUAACAGCAUACAAAAUAUGGUAUUGUGGGUGGUGUGGGACAUCGGAUGGAGGUGGGAUGGAGGAUGGCACGCACAUACACGCACACAGGGAGGGUGGAGGCUGACGAUGGGGGGUGGCCGCUGGCCGGGUGCCAACCCAGUGAAACAAUGACGGGCGGUGUAGGAGCAAGUUGAAACAAUAGGUGAGUGACGAGUGUUCGCCGAUCGGGGGGGGGGGGGGAACGGACGACAGGCCGCCUUGAUUGAUGGACAAGGUCACGACCCAGAGUCGUGGGCGAAGUUAGUGAGAUAGCACCGUCACCACUUCACAGGUGCGGUUUUAAUUGAAAGACCGGUACACUCGGCCGUGCGAACAGUUUUGUUUUCUUUGCCACCAACGGGACACUGGUGCUGAAUGAGACAAUUAGCAGGGCUUCUGCUUACGCAAAAAAUUGCGUACAGUACGCAUUAAAAGUUCGGAGGACCCCUUCAAUUUUCGUCAAUGAGGUCCCCUUCAAAUUUAGGCAAAGAACAGGGACCCCUUAAAAAUCUGAAGAAGGGGUCAAGGACCCCAAAGAAUUUAGCCUUAGCAGAAGCCCUGAAUUAGACUGAGUGUCGCGGCACUGCGGCAGUCAGAGGUUGAUGUGGCCGACCGCGAGAAAGAGGAACGGUAGAUGUCAUAGGAUGUCAUAGGUACCCGAGUAUAGCGCGGUGGGAUGUAGUCACUUUAGUUAAAGAUCGAUAGUGUCAGGACAAGUUCAUUGUAGUUCAGAGGGACCACGUGCUCUUGUGGCAUAUAAGCUAGGACAGAGCGGUAGUCGGGGCCUUUCCUAAACACACUAGCAUGGACUAUACCGUCUUUGAGCGUCGGAGAGAGAGAAUGCGUUGUGCCCAGGUUCGCCAGGGCCAGCACUAUAUCGACUGGCAUUAGAAUAAACGAUCUGGAACCCACGAGAGUGUUGAAUCUUGUUGUUGUGGAUGGACUGGGGAAAGAGCCCGCAUCUAAACCUGUUCCAAAAAAAUCUUCCAUAUAUUAUAAAGGAAAUCAUGAAAGCUCCACUUCCAGCUUCAACAGUGGGCUUACCUCACUCCACCAAUGACCCCAGACAAAACUGACAAAACCAUCUGACUCUUCAAAUAAAUACAAACACUACAAUACAGCGCUCUGUUUGAGUGUAGAUACUUUAUAUUAUAAUUCACAUAUUAAAUAUAUAUAUAUAUCAAAACAUACUAUAAGAGGAUUUCUUCAAUAGCAAAGGAUUCCAAAAUACUCGCGGGUACAAAACAAAGCGACCGGAAGUUGACAGAAGCUUCGAAGCUGGAUCCAUGCCGCCGCCGACAUGAGUUGUCAACACUGUCCCAGUGCGUGCGCCUAGAGAUGCCUGUCCUUUGGUUCUUUAUUGUCUCUGGUUUCACAGUCGCACUGGCGAGAGUGAUCGAGCGCCUGUGGCGUAAUGCUUGGCGGCAGCUGUUGGUGUUUGGGUGGCGGCCACCUAUGAAAAAUAUCCUCUUAAAUGCAUUUCUGGGGUAUAUAAAUUGUUUAUAUGCUCAACUCGUGCCGAUAGUUGAAGAUCUUAUACCGACUAAACAGAUUAAAGCACUGAAAUGGACUUAACAUCGUUUGCUUUCCCUUUUGGGCAUUUCAUCUGUUGCUGUGAUAGGUUGCUUACUACUAAGGCAUUACAUGGGUGGUGGUUGGUUCUUUGGCAAAGAACGCAUUCCAGGCAAAACAGUUAUCAUCACUGGAGCAAACACAGGGAUCGGAAAAGAAACUGCUUUAGAAAUGGCUCGACGAGGUGGUCGAGUUAUACUUGCCUGUCGUGACAUGGUAAAAGCACAGAAUGCUUGUGAAGAAAUUAAAAGAGAGACUGGAAGCAAUAAUGUUGUGAUAAAGAAACUCGAUCUUUCAAGCAUGAAAUCUAUCAGAGAAUUUGCUGAUGACAUCAAUACUAACGAACAGCAGGUGAACAUCCUCAUCAACAAUGCAGGUAUCAUGUUCUGUCCCAAGAUGGUUACAGAGGAUGGUUUUGAGAUGCAGCUGGGUGUCAAUCAUCUUGGCCAUUUCCUGCUCACCAUGCUGUUGCUGGAGAAGAUCAAGGCUUCAGCUCCCAGUCGCAUCGUUAACCUGUCCAGUCUGACGCACAACGUUGGUGCUAUAAAGUUUGAUGAUCUGAACAGUGACAGAUCGUAUAGCCCAAUACAAGCUUACGCACAGAGCAAGCUUGCUAAUGUGCUGUUUACUCGUGAACUUGCAAAGAGACUGGAAAACACAGGAGUCACAGUAUACGCCGUGCACCCUGGUGCUGUAGUCACUGAACUUCUCCGACAUGUAGUUAUCACUAAUUGGAAAAUUUUCCGCAUUUUGAUGAAGCCUAUCCUUUGGCUACUGUUUAAGUCACCUGCACAAGGAACACAAACUACACUGUACUGUGCACUGGCAUCAGAGUUAGAAGGGGUGUCCGGAAAAUACUACAGUGACUGCAAGGAAAAGUCUCCUUCCAAAGCAGCUCAAGAUGAUGCAGCAGCCAAGAAGCUGUGGGCUGUCAGUGAAAAGUGGACAGCUUUCGCACACCUGAGCCAUUCUGAGACUGGAACUUGCCUCCCAGAACACGUUGCUUGCUAUGGUGCUCUUUUGUAAUAUUACACGUAACGUUUUCUCCUUUAAAAUCGCUAAGGGCUAGCUCAGUAUAUCCUUAAAACCUCCAUAUUAAGACAUGCUAAAAUCUAUUACAAUUGAGUCUUAACAAAAAGGGUUCAUAUUUCAAUCAGUUUGUUUUUAUUCCUCAAACCAUGACAUCAAACACCUAUAGAUUCAAGUUCAUUUGUUUAUGUGAUUUGUUCUCUAAAUAUGUAUUGCUAAGUGCCUUUUUUAUAUUUAGAUUAUUGGUGAAGUUGUUCGAACUUGCAUGGCUCUGUUGAUAAUAUUUAACAUUAUUGUAAGCUACUCCUGUCGCUGGAGAUCGAGUAGUCUUUUGAGUCUGAAUGGAUUUGACUUUCGGUGUUAGCAGAUUACGGUAGCUAUGACUGCAGCGACACGUUUCUGUCGAAAUGACCGGUGAUCCAUAGAGCAAUUAGUCUCUUUCAAAUGUACUUAAUGUGAUUUCUGCAGAAAUAGUAAGAUGUGGUAAGGGGUAAUUAAUGUACUUAAUUUUGUUAUACCACGCAACCUUUGCACAAAAAUCGUAAUAGAGCAAAAACUAUGUUGUAAAAGAGAUGCUAUUUAUGUAGUAUAAUACGUCUGUGCACAAUUUUCGGGUCGUAACUAAGAGGGGGUCGUAAUUGGAAAGUCUUAAUGAAGGUGUUUUAUAGUAUUAAUAAUAGGAGAAUUUUGAAUAGUUCAGUAUCACACUUGAAUGGGAGCGUCCUCUCCAAAUGUUCAGCAGAGUUAAGUGCAACAUAUACAAGCUUCGGACCUAGGUGGAAAUAAUUAUUGUGUAUAUAUUUGAUCCUUUUACACAUUUCUUUCUUAAUUAUAUUUUGUUUUGCGUAUCAAA